UCGCCUUUUCCUGUAGCUAAUAGGAAACUCGGUUGUUUGUGGGGCUUCCUUCCCCUUCGUGGGUUUUUUAAAAUAGAUAUAUUUAUAUAUAUAGCUAGCCUCUGGGCAAUUUGGACUGCAGAGAUUUCUUGAAAAGGAGGUCGCAUCACCAAGGCGGCAGCUGGCUGGUGCAGGGAAAGAGAAAGAGAACGCUUUUGAGUGACACUGCAGCAAUUUUUCUGCGAAAUGGAGAACUGGGUUCGGGAUCGAGGGCCAGAGAUCUGUGCUCAGGUUGUGGCCCUGGCAGAGGAUUUCCUACUGAGGCAGCAGGAGAAUGAGAGAUGGGGCGUGCAGGUGUUGGCCACAGACCUUUCUGAUACUGAGCUGCCUCCCUCAGACACUGAGCAGGAGCAGAGCUUAAAGCAGAAAGAAGAUGAGGACGCGGUUUCACUCGCAGAUGAUGGAAAGGUGAGUGAGAUUGAGGAGGACGACAACCUUGUGCAUGAAGAUUCUGAGGCAGACGGCGCAUCUCUUGGAGGAGACAACUGGGACAUCCUUGAGACAGGAGAAACAUCUGGAAGCCGCCAGGGCUCGGAUGGGCACAAGAAACAGAAGGACAUCCCUAUUCCUCCUCAUGACCAGGGCCACUGGGAUCUAAAAGAGCCCAGGAUCCGGGCAAGGAUCUACAACUAUGGUGUGUUGAAGAUGUGCAUGGACUGUGGGAAAACCUUCAAGCAGAGCUCGAGCUUGUACAGGCACCGGAGACUUCACACUGGAGAGAAACCGUACGGCUGCCCAGAGUGCGGCAAGAGCUUCAGCCGGAAGUCCCACCUCAUUGCACACGAGAGAACCCACACAGGAGAGAAGCCCUACGACUGUGUAGAGUGCGGCAAGAGCUUCAGCCGGAAGUCCCACCUAAUCACGCAUGAGAGGAUCCACACAGGGGAGAAGCCGUACAAAUGUGGGGAGUGCGGAAAAUGCUUCAGCCAGAGUUCAGCCCUCGUGGCGCAUGAGAGGUCCCACACCGGUGAGAAACCGUUCACCUGCCUGGACUGCGGGAAGAACUUCCACCGGAGGUCGGGCCUUUCAGCGCACGAGAGGACCCACACGGGAGAGAGGCCAUACAAAUGCACAGAAUGUGGGAAGAGUUUCAGCCAGAGCUCGGGCCUUUUGGCCCAUGAGAGGACCCAUACUGGAGAGAAGCCGUACCGGUGCAGCGAGUGCGGGAAAAGCUUCUGUGAACGCACAGCUCUCGUUAGACAUUUGAGAACCCACACGGGGGAGAAACCAUACACGUGCGCAGAGUGUGGGAAGAGCUUCAGCCAGAGCUCGGGUCUCCUGGCACACGAGCGCACCCACACAGGGGAGAAACCGUACAAAUGCUCAGACUGUGGGAAGAGCUUUGGGCACCGCUCUGACCUUCUACGACAUCAGAGAAUCCUCAAAAGAGGGAAGCCAUAUAAAUGCUCCGAGUGUGGGAAAUGUUUUGGCCGGGGCUCCGAUCUCCUCCAGCACCAGCAAAUCCACACAGGGGAGAAGCCAUAUAAAUGCUCCCACUGUGGAAAGUGUUUUAGCUGGCGGUCAAACCUUAUUAAGCAUGAGAGAAUCCACACGAAGGUGAAAACUUACAAAUGCACAAGCGGAGAUUGUCGUGUUUUCCUUCCUUGGGGCGAUGGGGUGGGUCGAGUGUGCGCGGAGUUUCAAUUCCUAGAAGGGCCGGCAAUGCAAAGGCUGCAAACAGCAGAGCUGGAGGUAGAGCGAGAAAUAAAAAUGGAGGGCCAGGACUCUGCAGGGCCAGAAUCUCGAAAGAGCUUGAAGUUGGAAGGCAAAGAGUAUCAUUUCUUGACAGCUGGGACCAGAGGGGAAUUUGUGACUCGGCCGCUUCUGCGGCAUAUUAAGGAAGAUCUGGAGGGGGAGUGUUUACGGAACUGGGAUGUUCGGUGGGAAGCAUAUUUGAAGACAAUGGAGUCUCCGCUGGUCCCCCAUUCAAGGGAGAAUAGGAAGCCAUUCCAGGGCUCCCUUGCUGCAGUAGCUGAUGACACUCAUGGGACUGAAGGAAAGGAAGCAAGCCUCUGUCAAGCCCAAGAAGCCUCAGGAAGCCUCUAUUCUCUUGUGAAAGUGAAGGAAGAGAUUGUGGACAAGGGUGCCAUCAUCCAAUUCUGCUACCAGGAGGCUGAGGAACCUCGCCAGGGACCAAAGCCUUUGAACGAUGUGGCUGUUAAUCUCUCCAAGUCAAAGCAGGUACCAUUGGACACAGUGAAGAUGGAAUCCACCAUGGAAGUCAAGCAGGAAGCUGACAGGGAGGCCAACUUGCUAGAGUGGAAGAAUGAGGAGACAGAAGAAUCCAAACUCUCAAGCAUUGGAAGAAGAUGGUUGAGCACAACCCAAGAGAGAGACUUCCAGAUUGCUGAGCCAGAAGAGACCCCUGCAUGUCAGUUAGACCCAGAAGAAUACUGUGAGAAGCAUCCAGAGAAGGCAGCCGAAGAGGCCUCUUUCUGUGAGAGGGGUGAUAGAGGACUGUCUCAAAGCACCUUCCAAAAUGGAAGCCACAGCAGGCAUAGGAGGAAAAUGAGAGCCACUGAGGGCAGCAGAAAUCUCUGCCAAAACACUGAUUCCCUUGAAAGUAUGGAAGUAGAAAGGGAGGCCAAGCCUUACGCAUGUGUUUACUGCGGGAGAAGUUUCAAGGAGAGUUCGUCGUUAAUUAUACACCAGAGAGCCCACGCGGGAAAGAGGCCCUACAAAUGUUCAGAUUGCGGGGAAAGCUUUGCAGAGAGAGGAGACUUUAGGAAACACACUGUGGCUCACAUGGAUGACAAGCCAUACGAAUGCUCGCACUGCGGGAAAAGUUUCCACAGCAACUCUCACCUCCGAGCACAUACGAGAAUCCACACUGGGGAAAAACCCUUCGACUGCACCCACUGCGGAAAGACUUUCGGCACCAGCUCACAUCUGAAGAGGCACGUUCGGGUGCACACUGGGGAGAGCCCUUUCACGUGCACCGAGUGCGGGAAAAGCUUCACUCAGAAGCCGUCCCUUAUUAAACACAAGAGAACCCACACGGGAGAGAAGCCUUACGAAUGCCCUGAGUGCGGCAAGAGCUACCAGGAUAGCUCUUCCUUGCUGAGGCACAUCAAGGCUCACACGGGCGAGAAACCCUAUCAGUGUUCAUGGUGCGAGAACCGGUUUAUCCAGAGGUCGGAUCUCAUCCGGCAUGAGGGGACACACACCGGAGAGAAACCAUACAAGUGUUCGGUGUGUGGGAAAGCCUUCGGUCAGAAAGGGUCGCUUGUGAAACACGAGGGCAUGCACACGGGGAAGAAUCUCUACGAAUGCUUGGACUGUGGGAAGAGCUUCAGCCGGAAACAAUCUCUGGUCAGGCACAAGAGGACUCACGCGGGAGAAAGACCAUACAAAUGCACUGUUUGCGGCAAAGGCUUCAGCACUGGUGCUUACCUGGCAAUACAUGAAAGAGUGCAUACUGGGGAGAAGCCAUACAAGUGCUCAGAGUGCGGGAAAAGCUUCUGUCGGAAACCAUCCCUCGUUACGCACAGGAGAAGCCAUACGGAAGAGAAGCCGAAUGGAUGCUCAGCGUAAUGCCUCAUCUGCACCAGGCCUUUAAAGCAAUUGAACGGUUUCGCCACAAAAAAUCAUUGGAACUGUAGUUUGUGAAAGCUUUUAGGAGGCCCCUAAUUCUCCUCAGAGGUCUCGGAUUCCCAGAGUGGCUUUAAAAACAGGUCCCUGGGAAUUGUAGCUCUGUGAGGGGAAUAGGAAUCUCCAACAACUCUCAGUCACAGGUAGGUAGCCGUGUUGGUCUGAGUCGAAGAAAAAUGAAAAAAAAUCCUUCAGUAGCACCUUAAAGACCAACUAAGUUUUUAUUUUGGUUCAUCAGAUACCAUGCAUGCACACGAAAGCUCAUACCAAAAUAAAAACUUAGUUGGUCUUUAAGGUGCUACUGAAGGAAUUUUUUUAUUUUGCUUUAACUCUCAGUCAGUCAGCACCCUUAAUAGUUUCCAGGAUUCUUUGGGGGAAACCAUGGCUGUCAAAGUGGAAGAAGAGAGCUUUAAAUGUCUGUGACCUAAGGUAGAGAUUGGCCCUCCAGGUGGUGCUGGACUCCCAUUUCUUUUGGCUACGCUGGCUGGAGCCAAGGGGAAAUGGGAGGCUGUGUGCCUCUGAAUGUCAGUUGCCAGGAAUCGCAGGUGGGAAGAGUGCUGUUAUGCUCAGGUCCUGCUUGUGGGCUUCCCAGGGGAAUCUGGUUGGCUUCCGUGAGAACAGGAUGCUGGGCUACAUGGGCCUUUGGUCUCAUCCAGCAGGGCUGUUAUGUCCUCAUGAGUUGGGAGGCUCCCUAUUUCAGCUUCUAAGGGGUGGGAGAAAUUUCAGUUUCAUUCCAGAGCCUAUGGAACACAAAAAUAACCACCUGGGAAGAGGGCUGAGUUAAUAAACGUGUCCCGAGGGAGAGACAAUUCUGUUGUCCGAGCAGUUUCUGUAGCUGUCAGAAAAUUCACAUUUAUUUCACCAAGUAGGCCAAAGCCCUUCCUGAGCUGGAAUAAUAUUGGGUCCUGAAAAUUGAAGGGAUUUAAAAUAGGAAAGAAACCCCCUGAAUGUGAGAAUAUCCCCAUCUGGGCAGAUCACAUUGGAAAUAAACCAGACAGGAGGCAUCACAAUUCAAAUACACAUACUAGUCAUGGAAAAGCAGUUGAGGAGAGCAUGUAGCAGGACCAGUGAGGGGUGUGGCCUGGGAGAAGGGGUGUGGCCUGGGAGAAGGGGUGUGGCCUGGGAGAAGGGGUGUGGCCUCGGUGGCAUUCCAAGGGUCAUACAGGGAGACCUGGCUGGAGGGCCGAAGUUUGUCCCUGGCUCUGGGGUUCCGCAUCCCUGACCACUUAUCCUGCUAGCUAGAGGUGAUGGGAGUUGUAGCUCCAAAACAGCUGGAGACUCAAGUUGGGGAAACCCUGAUUUAGAUUCUCUGCUAUUGGUGUAUCCUCAAAAUUUCACUGGGCUUCUCUCAAUCUCAAUCUCUGUGUGUAUCUCUAUCUUGAUAGUUCUAUUGUCCCCCAAUCCCCCUUUCCCUCUCUCUAAGUAAAGGUAAAGGGACCCCUGACCAUUAGGUCCAGUCGUGACCGACUCUGGGGUUGCGGCGCUCAUCUUGCAUUAUUGGCCGAGGGAGCAGGUGUACAGCUUCCAGGUCAUGUGGCCAGCAUGACUAAGCCACUUCUGGCGA